GUCGCGUGAGGGAGGCGCUCGUCGUUAUCGUGAUCGUGGGGGUCGUGGGGCUCGUGCUGUUCGUGUUCCAUUCUGUAACCACCCACGGGCCUGCAACGAUAAAAUGCUUAAAACACUUCUGACAUGAAAAAAAGAGAGCAAAAAACAGAGUACUAUCGGUCUCACAAGUGCACGCAGUCGUGCACCUCCUGCGGUUUGCCAUCAAUUGCUAUCGGUCUCACAAGUGGGUCCCCUUGUCAUCCACACAACCGCGCCACCACAUGUACCACAUUUUUCUUUCUCCCCGUCUCGACCACUCCACAUCUUUCUUUCUCCCCUUCUCAACCAGCGCCGCCGCCGCCGCCAUCUCCCGACGACCCCUCUCUUCGCUGCCGGUGCGCGGCCGCCGCCAACUCCGGCAAAAUGGAGGAAGCACCAUGUGGACGCUGCAACUCACGGUGCCGGACCAGCCUUUCUACUGCCACGCUGUUCGGCAUCUACUUCCAGCCUUCUUUUGUUGUUGCAGCGAUCGUACCAUGCAAUGUGAGAUUGGCAUUCAAUGAGCUCAUCGGAGACACCGUGACCUUCGACGCUCUUGGGGGCCCAUACACUAUGCAGGUCGAGAAGGGGCGAAAGAUAACCCAGAUAGGAGGAGAUGAUUGGGAUCGUUUCAUCGCCCGCAUGCGUCUUAGUGGGGGUGAAUUGAUCAGCUUCUCCUUCAGAAGAGAUAGGCCCAGGAUUUCUGUUAUCUAUCUAAAUUUGAUUCCGGAUAGUGAGGAUGAAGUUCAUGAGGAGGAAGAUGCACCAUGUGGACGCUGCAACUCACGGUGCCGGACCAGCCUUUCUACUGCCACGCUGUUCGGCAUCUACUUCCAGCCUUCUUUUGUUGUUGCAGCGAUCGUACCAUUCAAUGUGAGAUUGGCAUUCAAUGAGCUCAUCGGAGACACCGUGACCUUCGACGCUCUUGGGGGCCCAUACACUAUGCAGGUCGAGAAGGGGCGAAAGAUAACCCAGAUAGGAGGAGAUGAUUGGGAUCGUUUCAUCGCCCGCAUGCGUCUUAGUGGGGGUGAAUUGAUCAGGUUCUCCUUCAGAAUAGAUAGGCCCAGGAUUUCUGUUAUCUAUCUAAAUUUGAUUCCGGAUAGUGAGGAUGAAGUUCAUGAGGAGGAAGAUGGUGCUGAUUCAGAUGAUGACGAUUCAGAUGAUGAUGAGAACCCACUUGUUGAAUACCUGUAUGCCCAAGGACUCAGACUGGGCGACGAGGAAAUCGGCAACCUCUAG